UUCACCUUUUAUUUUCCCUUCUUAUUAUGUUUAGUGUUUGUGUGUUCUAUUAGAUGGAUGGCCAAAACCAAAAUUUGCCAUAUGAAAACUCAAUGGAGCCAACAUCUCCCACACCCAAAUCAUCUCUUUCUCCCACCAAUCUUCUGAACAAGGUAAAGGAUAACCUUGUUUUCCAAUCAAAAUGGUCUGAAUUGAAUGGAGCUAUGGGAGACUUGGGAACAUAUAUUCCCAUAGUCUUAGCAUUGACACUGGCCAAUGACCUUAACCUUGGUGUGACUCUCUUGUUUAAUGGUAUCUACAAUAUUUUGACUGGUGUUUUCUAUGGUGUUCCCAUGCCUGUUCAGCCCAUGAAGUCGAUCGCCGCUGUUGCCAUCUCUAAUGGUCCGGAUUUCGGUGUCCCUGAGAUGAUGGCCGCGGGGCUUUGCACUGGAGGGACUCUUUUCUUAUUGGGUAUCACAGGGUUGAUGGGAUUUGUAUACAAGCUAAUUCCACUGCCUGUUGUAAGGGGAAUUCAGCUCUCUCAGGGCCUCUCAUUUGCCUUUACUGCAGUCAAGUAUGUUAGAAAUGUUCAAAAUUUGUCAAAAGGAAAGUCUGGUGGGGAGAGGCCCUGGCUAGGGUUGGAUGGGUUGGUUUUGGCACUUACUUGUGCUUGCUUUAUUGUGAUGGUGCAUGGUGCAGGUGAGGAAAGUGAAGGUGAUGAUGAAAUUAUUCCUAGUUACUUGCCAAGUGAAUCAAGUCCUGGGAGAGGAAGGAAAAGAACAAUUUGGAGAAUUUUAGCUUCUUCACCAUCAGCCAUGAUAGUGUUCUUGUUAGGUGUGGUUUUGGCAAUCAUUAAGAGGCCUAGUGUGGUGAAAGAGAUUUCAUUUGGGCCAUCUAGCAUAAAAGUUGUGAACAUCUCAAGGCAUGCAUGGAAAGAAGGAUUCAUUAAGGGCGCAAUCCCUCAAUUACCACUAUCAGUGUUGAAUUCUGUAAUUGCAGUCUGUAAAUUGUCUUCUGAUCUUUUCCCAGAGAAGAAAUUCACGGCGUCUUCUGUGUCAGUAAGUGUGGGAUUGAUGAAUUUAGUAGGGUGUUGGUUUGGGGCCAUGCCAUGCUGCCAUGGUGCUGGGGGGCUUGCAGGUCAGUAUAAGUUUGGUGGUAGAAGUGGGGGUUGUGUUGCAGUUUUAGGGACAGCUAAAGUGGUGCUAGCUCUUCUGUUAGGGACCUCACUGGUGAAGGUGUUGAAUCAAUUUCCAGUGGGGUUGUUGGGGGUUCUGCUACUAUUUUCAGGGAUUGAGCUGGCCAUGACUUGCAGAGAUAUGAACUCAAAGGAGGAUUCAUUUGUUAUGCUUGUGUGUGCUGCAAUUUCACUUGUGGGCUCUAGUGCAGCACUUGGGUUUGUUUGUGGGCUUAUUCUAAUCUUGCUUCUCAGGCUUAGAAAGCUGGGUAAGGAUCGUUUGGGUGGGAGGAGCUAGAUGCAAACAACCCCUAUGGAAUAAAAUAAUCCUUCUUUCUAUCUUUAUUUUCGUUUUCGAAGUCCGAAUUAAGGCUAUGUUUGGUAACCAAGAAAAGAAAUGAAAAAAUAUUUUUUUAUAAUUUUGAAUUUAAGGAGAGAGAUAGACACAUAA